AUGGAAUUGAUAAGAAGUCGCAUUCGCAGUCUGAGGCAUCGCUACGCUAGGUUGCGAUCGAGCAUCGGGACGGAGUCUCAGCUUCUAACUGUCGAACAAAUCUUGGACAAAUUGGACGAGACAAUGCAUACUUCCUUGAUCUCUAAAAUCGUGAAUUUUGAACUAUGGGGCAGACUACAUCUUUUGUGGAGAGAAGACCCAGAAUUUAAAGAUAUCAUAUACGACGCAGACUCGCCUUUGCGGCUUAUCCACGGAGACAUAGAUGUAGAGUCUUUGUCAGACUCUGGUUUGUCUAGACGUUCUACGCCACAGGUCAACACAACAAGCAAAAGCGUCACGAGAGAGACAAGUAAUAGUACAAAUCCAACAGUCGUCAGUACUCCUAUAAGUACCACUAAUCUAAAGCGCAAACGAGGACAUCAAUCUUCAUUUCUAGCCCAGUCAUCGAAUUCUGUAGCAAGCUCCACAAGCGCGGCUGGAGCUACUUCCGAAGCACACCUGGAGCGCAUGGAAGAAAUGGAGCUAAAAAAGAGAAGGAUUGAAGAAGACUUGGAAGCCAUGAGACUCAGAGAAACGGAACUGAAGCUGAAUCACGAAUACAAUAUGGGAAAACAACAAAUUAUCAUGAAGGCACUUCGCUUGCUGGACGUCAAUCUCGAGGCCCAAAAAGCAACCUAA